GUGGUCUCUCCCUGGUAUGAAAAAUAUAAAAUUGUGUUAAAACAAUCAAAAUAUUGAAGCAGACAGUUCCAAUUCGGUUGUAUUUCUCGUUGCUUUACGCUCCACGUAUAUUUUUGUUAAUUCUACAAAUUUUCCUUUCUCGUAUUUUUUAUCGGGUAAUGGAAUUUGGUUCAUGACUUAGUGACAGUUACUUUUGACUGUGGAAGACAUGAAAUUACAUAAUUUUUAGUUGACUUGAAAUACUUGAAAUCCACUGUAAUGGAUGGCGAGGGAUGUUCCACAUUUGAGAGGCACAAGAAAAGUUUAGACCAGGAAAAUGCUGACUCGUCCUCGCACGCUAAGCGAAGGAAAGGUGAUGGAGCAUUCAAUGAUAUGCCUGAUGAUGAGCAAGAGGUCAAAUUUCUUGACCAAGCAGCAGCUGAAAUGUUGGAAAUCGAAAACAGUGAAGAAAGAGAACCAUUGACAAUCGAUGAUUUAUUUGAUGAACUACUUCAGAAAAUAUUUUCAUACUUCCAAGCCCAAGAUGUCUUUGGCUGUUUGUCCAAAGUGUGCAUGCGUUGGGAAAGAGUUGCCAAAGAUCCAUGCACACUCAACCAGACCCAGUUGAUUUUGGAAGACAAAAACAUUGAACUGUGCACUCAGGUUUUAAAAGAAGCCUCUUGUAUUGGAGAGGUGUAUAUACUACCCUCUUAUCCUCCCGAUGCUCUGAAUCAUUUGAUUCGAGGGCCUAGAAUCAAGAAGUUGGUCAUAAUAGGGGAUUCUGAAUGGCACCCUACAUGGCCUUCCCCUUCGGAUCUGAUUGCUCUUCUUGAUCACAACAAGUUAAGUUUACAGCAACUUAGUAUGCCUGUUGAUUCAGGUUUAGUUCACUGCCACAAGCAGCAGCUACCUGAGACAGGUGGUCCCUCUUUCCAAUCUAUUCUUGCAGGAAUGAAAAGGCUGACACAUCUUCACAUGGUUGGAGAGUGUUGGAGAGACUGGGAUGAAUGGGAUCUGACCAAAGAACACCCACAUUUACGUACUUUGAAGAUUGACAGUGUAUCUUUUAUUUCUGAAGAGUGCCUUUUCAUACGUGAUCUCAUCAUGUUAUGCAAAUCAACUUUAAGAACUUUACACUUGCCAUGUCAGCUUCCUCAUGAUGCUGUAUCUUUAUUGGAUGCUGGAAUUUUUCAGGGGUCUCAAGUAGAAGAGCUGAUGGUGAGCACAGGCUGCUUGAGAGUUAUCUCACAAAUGCCGCAUCUUAAAGUCUUGGCUGUGUUUGACAAUGGUAAAGAGGAUAGGGACUUAGAAUGGUUCAGAAAAAUGCCUAUGCUGAGUGGAGUUUGGAAAUUAACCCUGCAAAGCGUCCUUGAGACAGAGGGUGAGAAAGAGGGUUUUGUGUGGCAUUUGCUUUCUAAAUUCAACCAUCUUACUGAAUUUUGGGGAUUUGAGUCUACUGUUGAAGAAAACACCUUCAACAUGUUCUUGAAUAACAACCCUCUUCUGAAAGAAAUGCAUUUCUUUGAUUUUAACGGAUUUGAUAACCCAAGUCAAGUAUCAUUGCUAGAUAACUGUCUUCCCAAAAUAGCUGUAAUUGAUUUGUCUUCUUCCCAUGUUACUGAAGAAAUGAGAAAGACACUUGACGUUUUCAAUGAAAAAAGGCCAAAUGUAAAAAUUUUGUAUGAUGAUAACUAUGAUGACAUAGAAAUGAUUUUUGUAUCAUGAACUGUUCAGAAACAGUGGCAGAACGUAGAAUGGUGUGUAAUGAUAGUCAUUUACUUAUUACCAAUGAAAUGUGUCCAGAAUCAACUGUUUUUUCCUGGAAUUCAAGCUUCCCUUAAUCAAAUAUAAAAAGUUUAAUUUGAAAUGUGUGAAAUAUUUGACUUUUGUGUAAGUUAUUUAUUGGUAUGGGUUACCUUAUUGCAAAAACAAUUUCUGUGAGUUACAUACAGCUAUUACUUUGCAAUAACAGCUUGCUUAUCUUCUUCUGGAGCUGUCUCUGUCAUUACAGCAGAACUUUCUUGUGGCUGUUCUUUGGAUGCAACAAAUGUAUGCUCAGCCAUUCUGAAAAAAAAUAAUAAUCAAAGAGUGAGA